CUUAAAGAAAUAUUAAAGAAAAAGUUUAUUUGGAGAAAUUAGGGAAGAAUUUGGGACGAGAAGCAUUCUGUCUGUGCAGAGAGUAACACGGCUUCUUUCCUUUGCCUGCUUCGGUCUCUUUCGUGUCGGCUUGUCUCUGUGAAUUUCAAAACCUAUUUGCUUUCCUCUCUAUAGCGCUAGAUAUCGCCGGCGACGAGUAUUUUUCAGUUUUCCGGCUUAAACUGUACCAGAGUUCCGGUCAAAACUAGCCGGUGCCGGAAGGCCGGAGCUUUUCCUUUUUCUGGAUCAGAGGAGUUUCGGAACUCUGAACUUUUUCCACUUACAUUUUUCCUUUUUUCUAUUUUAUUUUGGAAGCUUCCUGGCAACUGGUGGCAGACUUCGGGGUAAAUCAUGCUAGCGUCUUCUAGCUUAUGAAUAAGCUUCUAAAGUCAUCCUCCCGGAGAAGCUUCAAAGCAAAUUUUCUUCUAAGAGGCGAUCCUCUUUAACGGAGAAAUUGGAAUUUCCGACGAUUGUUCUGGCGGGAUUCGAAACGAAUCGGUAUCUAAUUGACAUCACCAUUUAUUGGUACAAGGUUAGUUCCAGUGACAGUUGCAGAGCGCUGGUUAUCUAUUUAUGCUUCAAGCUUUGAACGACAAUCGGUUGUUUGCUCGUUCGUAGCGAGGAAUUCCGGCACUUUUGUCUUUAUAAACUCCGGUUGCUUCUUCGAGGAGGUGCUUCAAUACACAUUCAUUCACGGAAGGAAGGUCAGUUUCUGUACUCAUGGGCAUGCUGUAGAGUUUCACUCCAAGAUAAGCCAUGGAUAAAUUGGGUGAAAUGAAGCAAAAGUUUGGGGAGAGAAAGAGGUUAGGGCUCUAUCUGAUAAGGUCUUCGCUUCUUUCCAAUUGACGGUUCUACAUUUCUUCAAGUAGGAGAUUCAAGGUUUGACUAGAUAAUAGGCAAUAAAUUGAAUUUGGCGGCGACAAUUCCCGGGAAUAUUGGGGUUUUAGCGUCUGUAUUCUGUUAGAAGGCCGAUGCUUUCAUGUCAGGAUUCAAGGGCGUGUAACUAUCUGUAGAGGCGAUGCUUUCGUUCGGGCUAUGGAGUUGCUGUCCAAAUUUCAGGAAGGGAAAUUACUAGUGAGAUAGUGCUGGACAGCGCAUAGUUUUAUUUUUACAGAUUUCUAUUCCAGUUGUUGACGGGAUCUGCCACCAUGAAAACUCCGUCGAACGGUUAUCCCGCAAAUUCUGGAGAAGGGGAAAAGAGGAGUAUCAAUUCAGAGUUAUGGCAUGCUUGUGCAGGACCUCUGGUGUCUUUGCCUCCAGUUGGCAGUCUUGUGGUUUACUUCCCACAAGGACACAGUGAACAGGUUGCGGCUUCAAUGCACAAGGAGAUUGACAGUGUCCCUGGCUAUCCCAACCUUCCUUCAAAGUUGAUUUGUUUGCUACACAAUGUCACACUGCAUGCUGAUCCUGAGACAGAUGAGGUCUAUGCACAGAUGACUCUUCAGCCUAUAAAUAAAGUAGGUCAGUAUGAUAAGGAAGCAUUCCUAGCAUCGGAUAUGGGCCUCAAGCAAAGCAAGCAACCCACUGAGUUCUUUUGCAAAACACUUACGGCUAGUGACACGAGUACUCAUGGUGGAUUUUCAGUACCUCGUCGAGCAGCAGAGAAGAUCUUCCCACCUCUUGAUUUCUCGAUGCAACCCCCUGCUCAAGAGCUAGUAGCUAGAGACUUGCACGAUGUUACAUGGACAUUCAGACAUAUUUAUCGUGGUCAACCUAAAAGGCACCUGCUUACUACGGGUUGGAGUGUGUUUGUCAGCUCAAAAAGACUCUUUGCAGGUGAUUCAGUUCUUUUCAUAAGAGAUGAGAAGUCACAGCUUCUCCUUGGCAUAAAGCGUGCCAACAGGCAGCAACCAGCCCUAUCCUCAUCGGUCAUAUCCAGUGACAGCAUGCAUAUUGGACUGCUUGCUGCUGCAGCUCAUGCUACAGCAAACAACAGCCCAUUUACUAUAUUUUACAAUCCAAGGGCCAGCCCUUCUGAGUUUGUGAUUCCCUUAGCCAAAUAUAAUAAAGCAAUGUACACCCAAGUUUCACUUGGCAUGCGAUUUAGGAUGAUGUUUGAGACUGAGGAGUCAGGGGUACGUAGGUACAUGGGCACAGUUACAGCUAUCAGUGAUUUGGAUCCUGUGCGAUGGAAAAAUUCGCAGUGGCGUAAUCUUCAGGUUGGGUGGGAUGAAUCAACAGCUGGUGAACGUCCAAGUCGAGUUUCAAUCUGGGAGAUUGAGCCUGUAACAACUCCUUUCUACAUAUGUCCACCUCCUUUUUUCAGACCCAAGCUUCCCAAACAACCUGGGAUGCCAGAUGAUGAGUAUGACAUAGAGAAUGCUUUCAAGAGGGCAAUGCCCUGGCUUGCUGAUGAUAUUGGGAUCAAGGAUGCUCAGAACCCAUUCUUCCCGGGCUUGAGUCCAGUCCAGUGGAUGAGCAUGCAACAGAACCCUCAGUUAUUAGCUGCUCAGUCGGGAGUAUUUCCAUCAUUGAUUUCCUCAGCUGCGCUGCAUAAUAACCUUACUGCUGAUGACCCAUCCAAGAUAUUGAACUUUCAUGCCCAGACCUUGACUACACCUAAUUUUCAGUCCAAUAUCCCCAAAGCAAAUCAAUGUAACCAACAAAUUGAACAGUUUCAGCAGCCUUCGACAUGGCUCCAACAGCAGCAGCAGAUGAAGCAAACUCUUGUUAGCCCACAGCAGCAGCAACGCUCCCAAAAACCACAACAGCAACAGCUGCAACAUCAUCAGCAACAACAAUUUCAGCAGCAACAGCAGCACCAGCACCAGCACCAGCACCAGCACCAGCACCAGCACCAGCACCAGCAACAACAACAACAGCAGCAACAGCAGCAGCAGCAGCAGCAGCAACAACAACAGCCGCAACAGCAGCAACAACAACAACAACAACAACAACACCAGCUGCAUCAUCCUCAGCAACAACAAUUGCAGCAGCAACAACAGCAACAGCUGCAACAUUCUCAGCAACCACAACAACAGCUGCAGCAUCCUCAGCAACAACAGCUACUUCUACCUGUCAGUCAUGGUGGCACUGCUGCAAACCAGAUACCAAACCAAAAUUUGCAGCAAUCGAUAGUCUACUCUCAGCUUCAGCAACAGCGGUUACUCACACCCAAUCUCCAGCCUCCACUAAAUACCCAUCCUACUAAUCAGAGUUCCAUCCAGCUGACAUCUUUACCUCAGGAUGUGCAGUUCCAACAGCAAGUGGAACAGCAACAGAGCCUCCUGCAGAGGCAGCAACAGUCACAGCUACAAAAGUCACCCAUAUCACAACACCAGCUUCAUUUACAGUUGCUGCAGAAAUUGCAGCAGCAGCAACAGUUACUCUCACAGGUCAGCUCACAGUUGCAGCCUCAGUUGCAAAACCAACAGUCGGCCCGUCAACAAAACCAGCAUUCACAACAGCAGCAGCCAUUCACGUUGCAGCAGUCCCUCAGUGGUGCCAACAACUUUUCUCCACAUCCACUAAGUCAACCACAAACCUUCCCUUCAAACCAUCUUUUGGGCCAGCAGAAACCUCCUGUGCCCAUGAAAGCUCACUCUGGACCUACAGAUGGAGAUGCUCCGUCAUGUUCAUCCUCACCUUUAACAAGCAAUUCCCAAGUUUCACCAUCAAUCUUAAAUAGAAACAAUCCUGGCACAACCAUAUUGAUGGAGGAUACAGUAGUUCAGCCUGCAACUCAUCUAGUUCAAGAGCUCCAAAGCAAGUCUGAUGUUCAAGGAAAAAUUGAGCAGCCCAAUCUCAAAGAACCAGAUCAACUGGUACAUAGAAGUGGCAUUACUGAUCAAUUGGGUGCAUCCUCAUCGGCAACAUCAUAUCACUUGGAUGGUGGUAGCCUCCAGAAAAAUUUCUCAUUACCAGCCUUCUGUUUGAGUGGGGAAGUUCAAAUGGAUACUCGGACUAUUGAUGAUUUGACACCAGAUGCUUUGCUGUCAAGGGGAUUUGGGUCGGGGAAGGAUCUUCAGAACUUGCUUUCUGGUUAUGGUGGUACUCAAAGAGACAUUGAAACAGAAUUAUCUACUGCAGCAAUCAGUUCUCAGUCGUUUCGGAUGCCUGAGAUGUCAUUCAAGCAUGAGUGUUCCAGUGACGCUGCCAUCAACGAGGUUGGGGUUCCAAAUAGGGGUUUAUGGACUAACCAGACCCCUCAGCGCAUGCGGACAUUCACAAAGGUUCAAAAGCGCGGAUCUGUGGGAAGAUGCAUAGAUGUCACACGUUAUAAGGGAUAUGAUGAGCUCAGGGAUGACCUGGCACGUAUGUUUGGGAUUGAAGGACAGUUGGAAGAUCCAAGCAGGACUGAAUGGAAAUUAGUCUAUGUGGAUCAUGAAAAUGAUAUCCUACUUGUUGGAGACGACCCCUGGGAGGAGUUUGUUAGUUGUGUUCAGAGCAUUAAGAUACUGUCAUCAGCUGAAGUUCAGCAGAUGAGUUUGGAUGGGGAUUUGGGGAAUGUUCCAGCAGCCAAUCAGGCAGCAUGUAGUGGGUCUGAUAGUGGGAAUGCAUGGAGGGGAAACUAUGAUGACUACUCGGCCGCCUCUUUUGACCAGUGAAGGUCGGUCAAGUUAUAGAAAAUGAUGAAUUUGUCACAUGGAUACAUGAUUUAGAGUCCAACAGGGGUAGUUCUGCUCUACAAAUGCACUUUUGAUGUAACACGUGGAAACAAUUUGCUUGUAAGGCAAAUGGGGUGACAUCAAUGAAAAGGGAACGGGAUCUGGUGAAAAACUAAUGUUUGUUGUAGUGUAUGCUUAUGCUUGGUGGUUCUCUCUUCCACUCUCUGCAUACCACCUUGCUGGCCUAGACAUGUUACCAGAUUUGUAGGGUUGUUUGAGGCUGGAGGUAAAGGUCAGUCCCUUUCAACCCUUGGUGGACCACAUUUUGACACAAAUUCAGAGUGAGGGCUUGUCCUUCGGUGGUUUUUGUACUUGAUCUUGCUACAGUUGCAACUGGAAAUGUAUAUCUAAAAGAAAAAUUAAUUAGUGUAUUUGGGAUAUGAUUUUGGAUUUAGCUUAGUAGAGAUAACGACACUGUUAUUUUAUAAAUUUUGGUGGUGUUCCGUUGCUUCAUUGCUUUACUAGCAUGUAAAUUUCUGAAUUGUCCAUAAUUAUUGUAACUGAAAUUCGUGGUUCCCUUCUAA